AUGUCGACGCCGCAGCAACCUCCGACCGACUAUGCUGCCUUUGUGCUCUCCGUGAUCUCAGACGCUUCUCGACGCACUGCCGCACAACGCGAGAGGUCCCCGCCCGCGUCCCCAUUUCCAGAACCCGAUCCGGAGAAGCCUUCCGCCCCGGUGCCUCUCGACCAAGCCGCUCUACGCUACUGCCUUCACCUGUCCUCCACGUACCUCGUUUCUGAUGCGACGACGAACCCCGCCGGCGGGCUAACGAGCUGGAACAGCGGGUUCAAUCGAAUCAUAGACGUUCUGGACGCAUUGCACGCGCGGGGCGAACUUGAGCUCGAGACGGUGAAUGCCGCCAGCCGCGCUUGUUCAGAGUGUUGGACCGCCGCUGGUAAUUGGCGUACACUUGAGGGUUCUCGCGGUGCUAUCCGAGCCGUCGCUGGGCGACUCAGACGUCUGUUGGACGAGAAUGGGAAGACAUUUAAGGGAUCGAGGGUGUAUGUGCCAUGA